CUCAACUAAACUGCUCAGCAGCAUCCAGCCCAAACCCUGCACAGUAAAAAUAUAUCAUUGCCAGUACUCUGUGUGCAAGUUCUCAGAUUCCUGUAGUUUCAACAUGGGAAGAAAACUCAGUAGUGCUAGAUGAACUCAGUAAACUCUGCUGUGGAUGCCAGAUGGGCUGUGUUUUUCAGAUACAGUAUUAUGGUAAGCCCAUUUUGUUGCUAUGCUCACUGAGAAUGAGAAUAUUAAUGAGGCUGAAAAGAUCCAGGUUGUUACGUGGGUCUCUUUUCGUGUGUUCAAUGGCUAAUAUUUAACAAUCGUAAAAGCAAUGUUCUGUGAAACAUCUAAUGGCUACACAGUCAGGAUGUAAACAGUUUUGUAACAUGUCUUAAAAUGCUGAGCUCUGAUAGCUUGGGAACACAUUGUUUGAUUCCUUAUGGGUUCAAUCUGAAGGUCUUGCAGUUGUUGCCAUGGCUUUGUUGAAUGAUUUAUGGUGCCAGGUUGGGAUAUAAAGCGAUCAUGCUGCUUUGACUGGGGCAGUAGAAGCAGUUGUGCACACAGAAAGGGAGCCAGAUGGAUUUCGUCUACAACUUUGGUGUGCUGGUUAUACAGCACCUGCAGAACAACUACAGGGAAUAUCAUGACUUCCUCAACUUCAUGUCAACAGUGGGGGACCCUCGCAAUAUUUUCUCUGUCUAUUUCCCCCUCUGGUUCCAUCUCAGUCAUAAUGUUGGCACCAAGAUGAUAUGGGUGGCUGUUGUUGGAGACUGGUUCAAUCUUAUUUUCAAAUGGAUUCUGUUUGGACAGCGGCCUUACUGGUGGGUGCAAGAAACUCACUUCUACCACAAUGAUUCAAUGCCACAGUUGGAGCAGUUUCAUAUAACAUGUGAAACUGGGCCAGGUAGUCCAUCUGGUCAUGCCAUGGGCUCAUCAUGUGUCUGGUAUGUGAUGAUCAUCUCUGCGCUAAACUUUGCCCGACCCUCCAGUGUCUCAACUGUCGGAAAUUUUCAGAGGUUUCGUCUUCUGAGGUCCUGUUUGUGGAUGGUCUUCUGGGUCAUUCAGAUAAGUGUUUGCAUCUCAAGGGUUUUCAUUGCAACGCAUUUCCCACAUCAGGUCAUUCUUGGUCUUUUCACUGGUAUGUUGGUUGCUGAGGUGUUUGAUCACAUCCCCUCAGUCUACAACGCAAGCUUGAAAGUGUACCUGCGGGCCAAUGCUUUCCUUUUAUCUUUCGCUGUUUGCUUUUACCUGCUGCUCAAACUGAUGGGCAUCGAUCCUCUGUGGUCAGUGGCUAAAGCCAAGAAGUGGUGUGCUAAUCCAGACUGGAUCCACCUCGACACCACACCUUUUGCUGGUCUGGUGAGAAACCUGGGAGCUCUGUUCGGUCUCGGCCUGGCGGUGAACUCGGAGAUGUUCGUUCAAAGCUGUAAGGGCAAGAAUGGCUACAAAGCUGUAUUUAAGCUCAUGUGUGUUACUGCAACUCUCACAUUUCUGCAGUUGUAUGAUUUCAUCAAAAUGCCAACUCACACUGAGGCUCUGUUUUACUUUCUGUCAUUUUGCAAAAGUGCUUCAAUACCUUUGGGUGUGGUCGCUGUCAUUCCUUACUGUGUUCAUUUGUUGAUCAGAGAUGAGGAGCGGAAGCUAGCUUAGACUAUGGAGGAAAUUUGAAAUUCAGUUACAGUGUUUCAGACACUUUUUAAUUAGCAUUAAAGAAUAUGAAAUGGUUCUGUUGGCAGACAACUGAGUACAUAUGUGAAACCUGUUACAGUUUUUCACUGCACAGUCUCUCAUAAGCACUGAAACUGCAAAAUAGUUACAUUACUGUGUUCAAAUAGUAAAUAUGUUUGUAUUUUGCUUAGUUUGAACAUAAAGUAUGGUAUGUGUCCUGUCUGAGUUUCUGUUGUUUUAAUGUUUUUUGUUUGAUAUUUGCAGUAUAACUAAGUAUAUGUAAGUAAAUGUGAAAGGCUGUUUGGAAUUCAUAGUUUUCUAAUAAAGAGAUUUUUUUGAGAACGUUA